AUGGACGCAAAUAUUUACAACAUUGCAACUCAUGUUGCAUAUAAAUGCAUCCAGAAAGUCAAUUACACUCAACACACAUUCAAUUCAGACGAAUUUGUUGAUAAACUAACAAGUUUCCUGUCCAAUGGUCAACCAGAUGAAUAUUCAAUUGAUCAUUUAGAUGUAAUAGGAGAACAUGUGAUGCUAGAUAAAUUUAUGCCUUGUUUGACUAGUUUCUCAUCAAUUUACGGUGGAUUGACACACAGGCCAGAACCUCCACCGAAAGUGAGGAAACAAAAGGAAACAAACUCACAGAAAGCAGUCAAGAAACAUCUGAUCAAAGUUGUUGACUUGGAGAAUGAAAACGAUAAGAAAUCUGAAGAUAUUUUGAGAUUUUACAUGAAAGCACUCAAUGAUGAGUACAAAAAGAAUGAUAACAUGCCUGUAGAUUAUUAUAAAUUUGUUAUUGAUACUGAAGACUUUGGCCUGACGGUAGAGAACAUUUUCUACACGUCUUUUAUUUUGAAUGAUGGAAAAAUUAAGUUAACAUUAGUCUCGGUUGAAUAUAACUCAGAUGGAUUCAAUGAAGAAGAAUCAAGUGGUGACUUCUAUAUCGAUGGAUAUUUGGCAGGCGCAAUCUGCGAUUGUGAAGGAAGGUAUUUUGCAAAGGCAUCGGAAAAACGUGAAUAUGCGUCGAAUAUGCGUAUGAUGUUCGAACACAAAUAUGGAGUUCGAAAAAUAUCAGAAAAACCAAACUGGAAGCAAAAAAUUGACAAAUUGGGACAUGCAGCUGUUACUUUUCAAAUGAUUCAAAAUACUCCACAGAAAACUAUUUCUUUGGCUUCUAAACAUCAUGUAAUUAAAGAUGCAGCGUUUGUUAUUUACAACGGAGCAAGAAUAAGUAGUAUUUUACGGAGAUUUGAGUCAGAAAUAGAGAAAAACACGCAUAAUAAGUUGCCUACCAUUGAAAACAUAGAUUUUUCAACUUUGAGGUUAUCAGAAGAAUGGGAUUUAAUCUAUGCAUUCCUUGCACAGUUCCCCGAUGUGAUAAAAAAGUGUGUUUGUGAUUUACCGGAAGGAAAACUAAACUUUCAAAAGUUGUACGAGUUUUUAGUGCAUUUCUCCACUGCAUUCAGUGUGUAUUACAGCCGCAUCAAAAUAAUAACUGAGGCUAAAGAACAUUUACUGCCAACUAUGCACGCGCGUAUUUAUUUACUCAAAUCAAUCGAACGUGUCUUGCAAAAUGCGCUAAAACUAUUAAACAUCGAACUUGUCAAUCAAAUGUAAACUCAUUCUAAUAUAUAUUUUGAGGUUA